AUGCUUCUCUCUCACAUCAAACACAUUUUCUCUCUUUUUCCUUCCGACUUUUCUUUUUUUCCCUUCCUUCUCUACCGUUGCCGCCAUGUUAGAUAUGUCUGGCGCCCGAUAAUGGGCUAUUUUGGAGCGGCCCUGUUUGGGGUUCUUUUCCUUGUUGCCGUCUCUCUUAGACAGUUCAUUAUCUAUCUAUCUAUCUAUCUAUCUAUCUAUCUAUCUAUCUAUCUAUCUAUCUAUCUAUCUAUCUAUCUAUCUCAGCCUGUUAAUGCUUAUCUAUCUAUCUAUCUAUCUAUCUAUCUAUCUAUCUAUCUAUCUAUCUAUCUCAGCCUGUUAAUGCCUAUCUAUCUAUCUAUCUAUCUAUCUAAUUCAGUCUGUUCAUAUCUAUCUAUUUUGAUAUAUUUAUCCGAAUUUUUCUUUCUUUCUUUAUCUAUUUAUUUAUUUCUUUCAUUAUUUCUUUCUUUCUUUUUACACAUUGAAAUUAUCUUCCUUUUUCAUUAUUUCAUUCUCUCUUUCUUCUUUGACUUUCUGUUUUCUUUCUUUUUCUUUUCGCCAUCGGUUUUUCUACAGCAUUUUCUUUCUUUCAUUCUUUCUACAUAG